AUGUCUCUUCCAUCACUCGUCGCUUAUGGAGGUGACGAUUCGGACAGCAAUGAAGAAAUGGACACAGGAGACCAAAGAACUCAAUCAAAUGUCGACGAAAGCCCGAUGGAUGUAAGCAAAAAUGUGAGAAAGGAAUCUGAGUUGUGGGAUGAUGGCACAUUUGACAACGCGGAUGACAGCGAUGAAGAAAGACGGUCCAGUAACAAAUCAGCUUCUCCCUUAGAACCCCCGCCUCCACCUGGACACAACAAUAGAAGAAACACUCCACCUUCAGUAUUUGCCACAAAUUUCCAUAAAGUUGAAAGCGUGGUUUCUCUCGUUGGAUACUCAGGCGAAGAAGACACAUUUACUAAAUAUGAUAACGAGCAUCGAGAAGAUUCGAGGAUGAAACCAAGGGAUGACCCGGAAAGCAGUGGCAGCAGCAGUAGAUCAGGAAUGGAAAUGCGACAAUCAUCACCAAAAGUCGAAUCACAUGAAAGGGAAAACAAGGAACCACGACCACCUGCUAGAUUAUCUUACGAUGAUGAAGAAACCAUCGACCAGAUAAUCAGAGAAGGUCAAGAAGCGAUAAAUGAAGGACAUAUGUUUGCUGAUGAUCGUUCUCCCGGAUCUCCUAGUCCAAUGCCUGGCCAAAUUGACGACAAAGAAUAUGUUGAAGGGCCAGAAAAGGAGGAUGGUCCUUGUGAAUUGCCAUCAGAUGCAGAAGACGAUCCCGAUCCAAAAGUGAUGGAGAAGUUUGCUCGCUGUUUUGAACAGAAAGCGAAUGGAUUUGAUUUUAAUGGUCUACUACAGAGUGAUCGAAAAUUCACUAAUCCAAGCGGUUAUGUAAACAUCAAAAAGAGGUUUAACAUCGACGAGACAGGAACGAAUUUCUCAAAGUCGCUUUUUGACCCAAACAUGUUCCCAGAAGACUGUUUUUAUGAUAAACUAGGGGAUGUACAAGCGAAAAUGAUGGAAGCGUGGCAAAAGCGACCAAAA